UGAAGAAAGAAGAAAUCUGGAGUUUCCCUUUGUAUGAUUUCUCACAGUUUCUGAGCUGACCUCUGCUGCUCAUCUUUACCAUUUUACUGGUACCCCUUCUUACCACUUCAAACCCUGGCUUCUUUCUUGGAAUUGGGGCUUAUAAUUUCAAGUCUUUCUAAAUACCCAUUGUUGUUCAUCUUUUUUUUUAUUGUUUGAACUAUGAAAAUGGCCCAUUUAUGUAAUUCUGCUUACAGGAUGAGCAAAUUCUUGUUCAGAAGUUCAUAGCUGUGUUUGCCAAUUAGUAACUUUUACUACUAAGUAGCAUCUCAGUGACUGCCUGUAAUUGAGAAGUGUUUGGUUUGGGGAAUAAACAGGAGAAUCGAAGAAAUUGGUGUACACUCAUUUUGAAUAUUUGUUGCCAAGGAAACUUGCACAUAUUCUUGUUGGAAGACAUGAUAGACCCAUAUGGAAUUUUGAGGUAAUCCAUAGAAAGAAUCUAACGGUAUGGGAGAAUUUGGAAAGGAGGCAGAAGAGUCUAAUAACAAAGGAGUAAAUGUACGUUGUGCUGCUUGCCGGGAAAACAAAAUUUGUCAGACAGUACGUUCGAAAACAAAGGUGAUGAAGAAUUUGAUAGAGAGUGGGAAACCUGAAGAUGUCGAUUUGAUAGUCAAAGGUCUAACAGAAGAAGGCCAUAAGCUGACUCUUGUAACAUAUACUACUAUGUUAGCCGCAUUGACUCUCCAAAAACGUUUCAAGUCUAUUCCUUUGCUUCUCAAGAAGGUGGAGCAGAACGGGUUGAGACCCGACUCAGUUUUCUUCAAUGCCAUGAUCAAUGCUUUUUCUGAGUCUGGAAAUGUCAAAGAUGCCCUUGGAAUCUUCUGGAAGAUGAGGGAGAAGGGAUGCAAGCCCACCGUGGCUACUUUCAAUACGCUGAUCAAAGGGUUUGGGAUAAUCGGUAAGCCUGAAGAAUCCUUGAAGCUUCUAGAGAUAAUGACAGCAGAAGAGAAGUUAAGAGCAAAUGAGAGGACUUAUAAUAUUCUCAUACAAUCAUGGUGUAACAAGAACAAUGUUGACAAGGCAUGGGAAGUAGUUUAUAAGAUGGUCGAUGCAGGUUUGAAACCAGAUGUUGUCACGUAUAACACCAUAGCUAGGGCUUAUGCACGGAACAAAGAGACUGGAAGAGCAGAGGCAAUGAUUUUACGAAUGCAAAGUGACAAAGUGGGCCCCAACGCCAGAACGUGUGGCAUCAUUGUGGAUGGGUACUGCAAAGAAGGCAAUAUGGUAGAUGCACUGAGAUUCUUAUACAAGAUGAAGGGUUUUGGCGUGCGUCCUAAUCUGUAUGUACUCAACUCUCUUAUCAAAGGGUAUGUAGACAUUACUGACACUGUUGGAGUUGAUGAGGCAAUAACAUUAAUGGAAGAAUUUGGAGUGAAACCAGACGUGAUCACGUUCAGUACAAUCAUGAAUGCGUGGAGUUCAGCUGGACUGAUGGAGAAAUGCGAAGAAAUAUUCGAAAACAUGAUCAAGUCCAGAAUCCAACCCGAUGUUCAGAUAUUCAGCAUUCUUGCAAAAGGGUAUAUUCGCGCAGGGAAGCCAGAGAAAGCUGAAUCACUCUUGGAACUAAUGGGGGCCCACGAAGCGCGCCCGAAUGUGGUGACAUUCACCACAGUAAUCAGUGGGUGGUGCAGCGCAGGAAAAAUGGAGCGCGCUUUGCUGGUGUACGAAAGGAUGCUCGCGAUGGGCGUGCAGCCCAAUUUGAACACUUUUGAGACACUUAUUUGGGGGUAUGGAGAAGCAAAACAGCCAUGGAAAGCUCAAGAGCUGAUUCAGAGUAUGGAGGAGAUGGGAGUUUGCCCAAGGGAGAAAACGUUUCAGCUUGUCGCGGAUGCUUGGCUUGCCAUUGGAUUUGUUGACAAGGCUAAAAGUGUCAAUCAAGGAGACAUGAAGAAGAAUAGUUUGUACCCAAGAAAACAGCGAAAGCCCGGAUCUGUUAUGAACAUCAAGAACGGUUUGAGAUGUUUGAACUUAAGAAGGAUGAAUUUGGCUGCUAAAGAAAGGCUAGCCAUUAACAAUAACUGUGGACUUAGAUUGAAGACCUUUGUGGUAAGGCAAAAGCCACUCCACAUCCAAAUUGGUAUAAUGAGCAUGUGAGAAAGCAAAUUGACUGUUUUAUUGCGCGUAUAGAUUACGGUUUAGAUGAUUCUGCCUACGUCCCCAAAAGAAAUGCAUUAGGAUCCAUCCACUAUCCCAACUAUCAUACUGUUGUUCCCAUGAGCAGAAGAAAAAAUCCACAAUGUGCCGGCCAGACAUAUGAGGAAUUGAAAACUAAUGUUAAUAAGAGUAAAGUUCUUAAGUGCUUGAAACAACGAUGAUUAUUCGCCUAUCAUUUCUGUAGGAGUAUUAUCUAUCCAUUUUCCCAACGUAUUUUCAAUCACAAGUAUUUUCAUGAUCUUGCUUCUUCUAAAACGAAACCAAGAAAAUGCUUGUGCGUAAUUGAACACAAAAUUUAAUAAAAACAUUUUCUGAUGGUAAAAAACUAAACAAAUAAAAUAAAAAGUACUGAAAUAUCUAAAAAAUUUAAGAAAAAAAGAAAAGGAAUAUGAUAAACACCAAAGAACGGCAUCAGUUCUCCAAGAUGAUCUUUAACUUCAAAGAGAAACUCAGACGCAAAUUUCCCAUUAG